CAGUGCGGAAAACGCUGAGUGUCGCAAGAAGUGUUUACUUUCUGUGUUUUGUUCUGAAAUACCUCAAUUAAUUCCUCGAAAAUUGUGAUAAAGUGCUCAAUUAAGUGUCGAAGUGCCGUAACCUAAAUCCGGAGUCGUUGCCAUGGAUUUCUCCAGUAAAUAACACAUCUCCCUGGACAUCAAGUCUCCCAAAACAUUGAUUUAGCGUCAGAGGACUGGAUUCUCUAGUGCAAUGCAUUUUAAAAUCUUCACAAAUGUGAUAACUCUGGUGUACUUCUACGUGAGACCUCUCGUCAAGUGGUUCCUGCACAAGUUCACGAAGCUCUGUGAAUUGCAGAGGAUUUGCUAUGGCGAGCCCACAGGGGCUCCGCGUGCUAAGAGCGUGGAGCGCUGUCUGGAGCUCUCUCGGAACAAGCAAAUUGUGGAAAUGAUGAAGGUUCUCAAUGAAAUUGUCGAGACGGAGCUCACUGACGAGGACUUCUUCGCCGAUGUGACCGAUCGCGCCUUGGCAACGGUGUUGAGGGUGAAGAAAAUCAAACCCAGGGUGCAUCCUGACUUCCCGGCAGCCUUUGAGAUGUGUGUGGAGCAGAUUUGGGGCUACAGAAGGCUGUAUCACGAGGUGGAGCGUCUCCGGAAGACACCUUAUGACUGUGACAAUCUCCAGCACGAGGCGAAGCUGAACGAGCUGUGGCAGCUGCUGAUGCCAGAAGUGGAGCUGGAAGCGAGGGUGACGAAGCAGUGGCAAGACAUUGGCUUCCAGGGCGAUGAUCCCAAGACAGACUUCCGCGGAAUGGGAAUGCUGUCUCUCGAAAAUCUGCUCUUCUUCGCCAGAGAAUACCACGGAGCCGCUCAGCACGUCCUCUCGCACUCGCACCAUCCCAAGCAUGGCUACACCUUCGCCGUUGUGGGGAUAAAUCUCACCUCGAUGGCGUACAAUCUGCUGAAGAGCGGAGCAGCGAAGACGCACGUGUACAAUGCCGUUUACUCCACGCCCAGCAUCAAUACAUUCCACCACCUGUACUGCUAUCUGUUUUACGAAUUCGACCGAUACUGGAUGGAGUGCAAGCCCAAGAACAUCAUGGAGUUUUCGCACAUUCAGGAGAAAUUCGAGGCAAACGUUCUCAGGGAGUUGUCCAACAAUAGUACAAUCUUUAGGAUCAACCUUUCCAUUGACAAUAUCUGAGAGAACUCCGAUACACGAUCUGCGAAGGUAUGUCUGCUCAUUGUGCUUCAAUAAAGAUGUAAUUUAUUCAGGAGAAUAUUAUUUAUAAGCAUACUUAUGUGGAACAUGGAAUUUAAUUCAGCUCAUUUCGCAAUUAAUUAAUAAGCUCAUUACUAUUUUGAUGACAGAAUACUGAGAACGUCAAAAUUUUAAUUGAUCUUUAAUUCCGACUACUAUGAUUAAAAUUGAGUUGGAAGACAG